CCCCCCACAAACAACCUUUACCCUCCCCUUCCUUACGGGAUUUAUAUACACCAACCCUUCUCAGAACAAAGAAAAAAGGAAAAAGAAAUCAACACCCGCACUGAACAGCCCUCGAGCAAGCACUUUCCUCCAACUUCAUCUCGGGUCAAACCCCACCUAACAACACCCUAACGCUAUAACGCUAUCAAAAUGGCAGCGGCAAACCCUCUCCACCGCCAACCAGAAUUGGCGAAGCUCAGCGAGACGAUAACCCGCUACCGCCCUUCGAAGGCCUUCUCGAAUUUCGCCCAGGGAGCAGAGGUAACCUCCUUGGAUUUUGACGACACUGGCGAGUUCUGUAUAGCGACGGGAGACGAUGAGACUCUACAGUUGUACGACUGUAAACUCGGGAAGCAUAGUAAGACAUUGUACUCGAAGAAAUACGGGUGCCAUCUUGCGCGGUUCACGCACUUGCAGAGCAAUGUGAUUUACGCUUCCACAAAGGAAAAUGACACAAUCCGCUACCUCUCCCUCCAUGACAACAGCUACAUCCGGUACUUCAAAGGACACAAGCGGCCCGUAACCUCCCUGGAGGUCUCCCCGGUCGACGACCAAUUCAUAUCCUGCAGCAACGAUGACACCGUCCGAGUCUGGGACCUGCGCUCACACAAUUGCGCGGGCCUGCUAAACAUAACUGCCCCCUCCCUCGCCGCCUUCGACCCGUCGGGCAUCAUCUUCGCCGUAGCUGCACAAUCCGCCGGCGCAAUCCUCCUAUACGAUCUCCGCAACUACGACAAGCAGCCCUUCACCACAUUCUCCCUCACCGAUGACAGCUUCCUGUCGCAGUAUUCCUACCCACCGUGCAUGCCCGCGUGGAGCAAGCUCGAGUUCAGCAACGACGGGAAACAUAUGCUCAUCGGAACUCGCGGGCACGCUCACUACGUUGUCGAUUCAUUCGCUGCGGACACGGCGCAGUUCGUAUACAGGGCGAAGCGACCCAAUGGGCCGACGGGUCCAAAGAAGCUCGAGACAUCGGGGGAUGUAUGCUUCACCCCGGACGCCAGGUUCCUCAUUGGUGGCCAGGGCGAACGCGGGGUCGUCGUUUGGGAUUCGUGGGUGACCCCGGACGAGAAGAAGACUUUAAAACCGUUCAUUGAGCUCGCGGAGAACACAAAGAGCAUGGCGUCGGUUGUCUCGUUCAACCCAAAAAUGAACCUCUUCGCAACGGCGCAUAAGGACGUGGUAUGUUGUUUAUUUUCUCUGAUUCCCAUCUUUCCAUUCUCCCUCUCCCUCUCUCGGGCGAUUGAAUUGAGUGAAUGCAUUGUGUUACACUAA